AGUUUCUCGUAAAAUAAUGUCUGCGAGCUUUUCGUCUCUGCAAUCGUCUCUCACACACAGGAUUGACAUAUACCCGAUUAACUGUUCCUUUCUCUCUCCUUCUUCCCUAUAAAGAAUUGAAUCACCUCAUAAAUUUACCCACUUCUCAUGAUCCCUUUUUUUCAACUUAAAACAGCUCCAUCAUCCGCCAUGGACACCGCCCAGCUUCACCACAUGUAUAACCCACCAGAGACUCCCAGAGAGCCCAUGGAGUUCCUCUCCCGCUCCUGGAGCUCCUCCGCCCUUCAAAUCUCCAAGGCUCUUGCUCCCCCGCCGCGCCCCUCCCACAUUCCCGCCGAAAUCAUCCUUGAAGAUAUCUCCGCCGAGCUCGACUCCGCCGCCGCCGGAAACCCCUUCUCCUUUGCUUCUUCUGAGACCUCUCAGCUUGUCAUGGAGCGCAUUAUGUCUCAGUCUCAGGCUGUAUCACCGCAUAGCUCAGGAAGGCCUUCCCACAGCAGUGGGCCCCUCAACGGCGGUGGUGGUUCUAUCUCUGAUAGCCCACCAGUCUCCCCAUCUGAAAUGGAUGAUCUCAAGUUGAUGAAUGAUCAUGUUGGCGGUAGCAACCAGAUCAAGACCAGCUUCGUCAUCGGGCCAUCUGCAGGCGGGAGGAAGACGGUGGGGAGGUGGUUGAAGGAUAGGAAAGAGAAGAAGGAGGAGUUGAGGGCACAGAAUGCACAGCUUCAUGCUGCCAUAUCUGUUGCUGGUGUAGCAGCUGCUAUUGCUGCCAUCGCGGCUGCCACAGCCGCAUCUUCUGGAGCUAGAAAGGAAGAGCAGAUGGCCAAGACCGACAUGGCCAUGGCCUCAGCUGCAACACUGGUGGCUGCACAGUGUGUUGAGGCAGCCGAGGCCAUGGGGGCUGAGCGGGAUCACUUGGCUUCGGUGGUCAGCUCCGCUGUCAACGUGCAAUCGCCUGGAGACAUUAUGACCUUGACAGCUGCUGCAGCUACUGCUCUGCGUGGCGCUGCCACAUUGAAGGCGAGGGCGUUGAAGGAAGUGUGGAACAUCGCAUCUGUUAUCCCUGCGGACAGGGUGCCUAAUGGUGGCAGUAGUGGAAGGAAUGGGAGUUUGAACGGAAGCCACAGUGGCGAGCUUGUAGUUGAAGAAAAUUUCCUUGGCAUUUGCGGUAAGGAGUUGCUUGCUAGAGGCGGGGAGCUCCUGAAACGAACGCGAAAGGGUGAUCUUCAUUGGAAGAUUGUGUCUGUGUACAUCAACAGAAUGGGUCAGGUGAUACUGAAAAUGAAGAGUAGACAUGUUGCUGGGACAGUUACAAAAAAGAAAAAGAAUGUAGUGCUGGAGGUAAUGAAGGACAUUCCAGCUUGGCCGGGGCGUCACCUGCUUGAAGGCGGAGAGGACCGGAGAUACUUCUCGUUGAAGACGGUGGCGCGUGGGGUCGUCGAGUUUGAGUGCCGGAAUCAAAGGGAGCAUGAUAUAUGGACUCAAGGUGUUAUAAGGUUGCUUACAAUCACUGCAGAUAAGAGGAUCUGAUGGUUUUAAUAUCCUAUGAUUAUGGUCUAAAGUCUUGAAGUUUGUUUGGGUAUUGUUGUUUUUUAUUUUUCAUAUUUCUUUGCCUAUGUCCAAUGUAUAAAAUGAAGCUUAAGUUUGUCACAAAUGGAGGCACUUAGUAAAGGUAAAA